AUAGGAUCAUUUCUAUAGUACAUACAUAAAAAAAUACAAAGCUGUGUUAACGAUUAUGUCGACAUAAGUAUUAAAAUAAUGUCUUAUUAAUUGGAAAUGCUAUACUCUAUACUAGAAACGUGUUAUAAUGGUGGUCUUGAUAAAAGAAGAAAAUAAAAUUUAUUGAAAAUUCAACUACAAAAAGAGAAUGUUUGUAUAAAAGUAGAUAGUAAUAGAAAUAUUUACAGGAAGAGCUUUGACUGAUAGUAUUAAAAAAAAAGAUUAAACAUGGGAAGUAUAAAAAUGACUUAUUGUCCACCAAAUAUAACAUUCAAUGAAAUAUGGGUGAACAAUGGCAUGUCGAAAUGUUUUAUGGACACUGUCAGUACUGCUGUGAUCUCUUUAUAUAUAUUGAUUUUUGGUUCAACUCAGCUGUGGAUGUAUAGACGUUAUGGAUCUGAUAACGACUUACAUACAUUGCCAAAAAAUAGAUUAUAUCUGCUGCAAAAAUUUUUAUUAUUCUUUAUGCCAAUUUUAAGUCUUCUCAGAAUAAUUUUGCAAGCUACAGUUUUGAACGAUAAACAAGUUUAUGGUUACAUGAUUCUUACAACAGUUUUUACAGUCAUUAUUUAUCCAUAUUCAUUUUAUGUACUAAGAGUGGAAAGAUACAAAUCAUUACCAAGCCCACCACCCCGUGGUCAUGGGAUCGUCUUAUUAGGAUUUUGGACAAUUGCUUUUGUCUCAGAAAAUCUUGUAUUUGUUAAUAUUUCAAAGUGGGAAUGGUGGUUUAAAUUGAAUACAUUUACCGACAGAGUGGAAAUGACACUGUUUGUUCUACGUUAUGUCAGUAGUCUUCUUAUUUUCGCUCUUGGUCUACGCGCACCAGGUAUUAUCGGUGAUUUACCAAGCAGUUAUCAUAGCUUUGAAGAUGAUGCGAACACCAGGUCGACAUUCUAUCAAGGUCGCCGAAACGAUAAUGUAUCAACGUGGAAAAAUGCUUGGUAUAAAGUCAAAACUCUUGCUCCUUUUCUUUGGCCAAAGAAAAGCAUUUUGCUCCAGCUACGGGUGAUUUUUUGUUUUGCAUUACUUCUUGCUGGAAGGGUAAUUAAUCUCUAUGUACCAAUUUACAAUAAAAAAAUUGUAGAUAGCGUGACAGAUACACCAGGACAGUUCAGAUGGGAUUUCAUACUUAUUUAUGUAGGAUUCAAAUUCCUACAAGGAGGGGGUACGGGAGGUAUGGGUUUGUUAAAUAAUUUGAGAUCUUUCUUAUGGAUUCGAAUUCAACAAUAUACGACUCGUGAAGUAGAAGUAGAACUGUUUCGACAUCUUCAUAGCUUGAGUUUGCGCUGGCACCUUGGCCGUAAAACUGGAGAAGUACUUCGCGUAAUGGAUCGUGGAACGGAUUCUAUCAAUAACUUAUUAAACUACAUAUUGUUUUCUAUCAUGCCGACUAUUGUAGACAUUCUUGUGGCAGUAGUAUUUUUUAUUAGUUCAUUUAACAAGUGGUUCGGAUUAAUUGUAUUUACGACAAUGAUACUUUAUAUUGUCGCCACAAUAGGCGUCACAGAAUGGCGUACUAAAUUCCAAAGACGUAUGAAUUUAGCCGAUAACGCUCAAAAAGCACGAAGUGUUGAUAGUUUACUCAAUUUUGAGACUGUGAAAUACUAUGGCGCAGAAGAAUACGAAGUUGAUAGCUAUAGAGAAGCUAUACUGAAAUAUCAAAAUGAAGAAUGGAAAUCUAUGAUAACAUUAAACAUUUUGAACACUUUACAAAAUAUUAUUGUUAGCUGUGGAUUGUUAGCCGGAUCUUUGUUAUGUCUACACAUGGUGAUUAACAAAGAAGGUCUAACUAUUGGUGACUAUGUUCUAUUUGCAAGUUACAUUAUCCAAUUGUAUGUGCCUCUCAAUUGGUUUGGAACAUAUUACAGAGCUAUUCAGAAGAAUUUUAUUGACAUGGAAAAUAUGUUUGAUUUGCUUCGAGAAAACCAAGAAAUCACGGAUGCACCAGGGGCUGGACCAUUGCUAGUAAAUAAAGGCCAAGUUGAAUUCUCUAAUGUUUCUUUCUCGUACGUUCCAGAAAGACCUGUUUUGAAAAACAUCAGUUUCGUUGUACCACCUGGUAAAACGAUUGCACUCGUCGGACCUUCUGGAGCUGGAAAAUCGACUAUUAUGCGCUUGUUAUUUAGGUUUUAUGAUGUUAAUGAAGGCGCUAUCAUUAUAGAUGGACAGUACAUAAAAGCUGUCAAACAAGAGUCUCUUCGAAAAAUAAUUGGCGUGGUUCCACAAGAUACAGUAUUAUUCAAUAAUACGAUAAAAUAUAAUAUUCAGUACGGAAAGAUUGAUGCGCCAGAAGCUGAUAUAAUAACAGCAGCUAAAUAUGCUGAUAUUCAUGAGCGGAUCCUUACAUUCCCAGAUGGUUAUGAAACUCAGGUUGGGGAGCGCGGAUUGCGCCUCAGCGGCGGAGAAAAGCAACGAGUCGCUAUUGCUCGAACGAUACUGAAAGUUCCAAAAAUAGUCUUAUUGGACGAAGCCACAAGUGCAUUAGAUACUCAAACAGAGCGAAAUAUACAAGCUGCUUUGAAUCACGUGUGUGCCUAUCGCACGUCGAUCAUCAUAGCUCAUCGACUUUCCACUAUCAUCCAUGCUGAUGAAAUUUUGGUACUGAAAGAGGGCGAAAUAGUUGAGCGCGGUAAGCACGAGGAUUUAAUAGCGACAGGUGGCUUUUAUCAUGAUAUGUGGGAAGCGCAACUGAGAAAUGAACAAGAGGCUACCAAUGAAGCGAAAGCUUUAGGGGGUGAAACUUCUAAGACUAAUAAAAAUCUUAUAAGAAUAGAAAUGGCUGCAUUCAUCGUGCGUUGUAUCAAUUGUUUUCUCUCACCUAGUAUCGGUUUCACUACGUCGGCUGUUACUCCAAUAUUGUUCGACAAUCAGACCGAGAUUCGCAACCUAACCUGUCGGUCAAAAUCCAAUCAAAAUAAGAAUGCCUGUCAUACCGCUAAAUCAUUAGCUUCGUUUGUUUGGCCAAAAGGAAAGAUCUCGCACCGAUUACUGCUGCUGAUUUGUAUCUCAAUCAUCUUCAUUGGACGAGUGAUUAAUUUUUACGCUCCCAUGUAUCAUAAAAAAAUAGUAGAUAGCAUUAUAUCUGGAGAACGCAUUAAUUUACUGGAAUAUCAUCUCUCUAGAUGGGACUUGGUAGUUAUUUACGUUACUUUGAAAUUCCUUCAAAGAGGUGCUACGGGAGGUAUAGGUUUAUUAAAUACCGUGCGAUCACAUGUAUGGAUGGAAAUUCAACAAUACACGACUCGAAAUGUAGAAAUAACAUUAUUCAGGCAUUUACAUGGCUUGAAUGUGCGCUGGCAUCUCAAUCGAAAAACUGGAGAGGUCCUCCGUAUCAUGGAUCGCGGAACUGAUUCUAUGAAUAAAUUGUUGGAAACUGUCUUAUUCUCCCUCUUGCCUACUAUUCUAGAUAUUGGUGUAACGGUGAUAUUUUUCGUAAAUGUAUUUAGCAAAGAGCUCGGACUGAUAGUUUUGAUUACUGUAUUUUUAUAUAUUGUUGCGACGAUACUCUUUACCAAGUGGCGAUCAAGGUCCCUUGAGCGUAAAAAUUUGGCUGACAACGCUCGAAAAGCACGAUGUACGGAUAGCUUACUCAAUUUCGAAACUGUAAAAUACUACGGAGCUGAAUCAAUCGAAGUAGAUAGUUACAAUGAAGCCGUAUUUGAAUAUCAGAAAGAAGAAAGAAUAUUUAGAAAAAUGUCGAAUUGCUUAAAUCUUUCACGGAAUCUCGUUGUUUCUAUCGGCCUAUUAGCUGGCUGUUUGUUAUGCCUACGGAUGGUUGUCAAUGAAAAAGUUCUCACUACAGGAGAUUACGUUCUGUUCGCAAGCAGUAUUAUACAGUUGUACGUGCCACUAAAUUCGUUCGGGACUUACUGCGGGGAGAUCCAGAAUAACUUCGCUGACAUGGAGAGUAUGUUUGCUUUGCUUCGAGAACCCCAAGGAAUCGAGGACUUGCAGAAUGCUAAAGCUCUCAUAGUAAACGGGGGUCAUGUCGAAUUCUCCGAUGUUUCGUUCUCGUACAGCCUCGACAGGCCUGCCUUGAAGAAAGUCAGUUUCGUCAUCCCGCCCGGUAAAACGGUCGCUUUUGUCGGACCUUCUGGAGCAGGAAAGUCGACUGUUAUACGGUUGCUGUCUAGGUUUUAUGAUGCCAGUGAAGGAAGCAUUUCCAUAGAUAAGCAAGAUAUCAAGACUAUCAGACAAGAUUCUUUACGAAAAUCAAUUGGUGUGGUUCCUCAAGAUACCGUACUAUUUAAUAAUACGAUAAAAUAUAAUAUUCAAUAUGGAAGAUUUGGAGCCACGGAAGAUGACAUAGUAGCUGCAGCGAAAAAUGCUGACAUUCACGAGCGAAUUCUCACAUUUCCCGAGGGCUAUGAAACGAAGGUUGGGGAGCGCGGAUUCCGCCUCAGCGGCGGAGAAAAGCAACGAGUCGCUAUUGCUCGAACGAUACUGAAAGCUCCAAAAAUAGUCUUGUUGGACGAGGCCACAAGUGCAUUAGAUACUCAAACAGAGCGAAAUAUACAAGCUGCUUUGAACCGCGUGUGUGCAAAUUGCACGACGAUCAUUGUAGCCCAUAGACUGUCCACUGUCGUCCAUGCCGAUGAAAUUUUCGUACUGAAAGAGGGCGAAAUAGUUGAGCGGGGAAAGCACGAGGACUUGAUUGCACAGGCGGGCGGUAUUUAUCUCGAUAUGUGGAAGGCGCAGCAGAGAAGUGAACGAGAACUUAUUGACGAAGCGAAAUCAUUGACCCCUCGUUAUACCCCAUGGUCGUUUUGGUUACUUAGUUCUAUAGUGCUAUUUUCGGCGUUGCUACGGGUACGAUACCGUUGUUCAACUUGACAGAACGUGUUAUCUUAAUCGAAUCAUUUGAAUUCAAACAAAUGAAAGUUUUAUUGUGAUUAAUUCGAUAAAUCUUCAAAAGAACGUUAUUAUUGAAGAUUAUCUUUAUAAUGAGACUGUUUACACUUAACCAAAAGCUCAAUUGCUUUCAUUUAAAAUUUAACUUUGCCUACAGCUUUAGCUGGCGACUGUUUCAAAACUCUAUUCAUUUUUUUCGGGCUUGUCAACUCAAUUUUAUCAAAGUAUGUAUAUUCUUAUGAACGUCGUAUUUAAAAAUUUCAAAGAUAAUAUUUUUUAUUUUACAUAAAUUUAUAAUACUUGAAUAUACAGUAAUUCGUUAACGCGAGCUCUCGACUGGCUCCAGAGCAGCUCAAAAUCUCGAGUUAAUACGGAGUGCCGAUACAAGUAUGAGGCCGUUUGAGCUUUAGCAGAAUUCUUAGACAUUUGAAAAUCUUUUACUACGCAUAAAUGCGUUGUUGGGCGAGUAAUUAUUUAUUUUUAAUCUUAUAUUCAUAAAGCUGUGAAAACCAAAUUCUGUAUGUCACUUGAACAAUUAGAAUUUGGACAAUUAGAAUUUGUUAUUGAAAAACUUUCGCUUUUUAUGUAAGCGGG